AUGGCGGCGGCCCUGCCCCGGCUCUCCCUGCCGCUCCCGCGAGAAGGGGGGGGCUACUCGGAGUCCCCAGACCUGGAGUUUGAAUAUGCGGAUACCGACAAAUGGGCAGCAGAGCUUUCCGAGCUCUACAGCUACACGGAAGGGCCCGAGUUCCUGCUCAACCGCAAGUGCUUUGAGGAAGACUUCAGGCUCCAUGUGCGGGACAAGAAGUGGACCGAGCUGGACAAGAAGCAGCACCGCACUCACGCCAUGCGGCUCCUCGACGGGCUGGAGGUCACCGCGCGGGAGAAGCGGCUGCGCGUUGCCCGCGCCAUCCUCUACGUUGCCCAAGGCACUUUCGGGGAGUGCGGCUCCGAGGCGGACGUGCAGGCCUGGAUGAGGUACAACAUCUUCCUGCUGCUGGAAGUGGGGACGUUCAACGCGCUGGUGGAGCUGCUGAACAUGGAGAUUGACAACAGUGCAGCUUGCAGCAGCGCGGUGAGAAAACCUGCCAUCUCCCUGGCCGACAGCACGGAUCUGAGGGUGCUGCUGAACAUCAUGUACCUGAUCGUGGAGACAGUGCGGCAGGAGGCCGAGGGGGACAAGGCGGAGUGGAAGGCCAUGAGGCAGACGUUCCGCGCGGAGCUGGGAGCGCCKCUCUACAACAACGAGCCCUUCUCCGUCAUGCUUUUUGGGAUGGUGACCAAAUUCUGCAGCGGCCACGCUCCACACUUUCCCAUGAAGAAGGUGCUGCUCUUGCUGUGGAAGACUGUGCUGUGCACRCUCGGGGGCUUCGAGGAGCUGCAGAGCAUGAAGGCGGAGAAGCGGGAGAUCCUGGGGCUCCCGCCGCUGCCCGAGGACAGCAUUAAGGUGAUCCGCAACAUGAGGGCCGCGUCCCCGCCGGCAUCGGCCUCCGACCUCAUCGAGCAGCAGCAGAAGCGGGGCCGGCGGGAGCACAAGGCUUUGAUCAAGCAGGACAACCUCGAUGCCUUCAACGAGCGGGACCCUUACAAAGCCGAUGACUCCCGCGAGGAAGAGGAAGAAAACGAUGAUGACAACAGCCUGGAGGGAGAGACUUUCCCCCUCGAACGGGAUGAAGUGAUGCCUCCCCCCACCCAGCACCCCCCCAGCGACCGCAUCGCCUGCCCCAAGGGCCUCCCUUGGGCCCCUAAGGUCCGGGAGAAAGACAUUGAGAUGUUCCUGGAGUCCAGCCGCAGCAAGUUCAUCGGCUACACGCUGGGCAGUGACACCAACACCGUGGUGGGCUUGCCCAGGCCGAUCCAUGAGAGCAUCCGCACGCUCAAGCAGCACAAGUACACGUCCAUCGCGGAGGUGCAGGUGCACAUGGAGGACGAGUAUCUGCGCUCCCCGCUCUCAGGGGGGGAAGAGGAAGUGGAGCAAGUUCCUGCUGAGAUCCUGUACCAGGGCCUGCUGCCAAGCCUGCCGCAGUACAUGAUCGCGCUGUUGAAGAUCCUCCUUGCUGCAGCCCCCACUUCCAAAGCCAAGACGGACUCCAUCAACAUCCUGGCGGACGUGUUGCCGGAGGAGAUGCCGACCACGGUGCUGCAGAGCAUGAAGCUGGGCGUGGAUGUCAAUCGGCACAAGGAGAUCAUCGUCAAAGCCAUUUCCGCCGUGUUGCUCCUCCUGCUCAAGCACUUCAAGCUGAAUCACAUUUACCAGUUCGAGUACAUGGCCCAGCACCUGGUCUUUGCCAACUGCAUCCCGCUCAUCCUCAAGUUCUUCAACCAGAACAUCAUGUCCUACAUCACUGCCAAGAACAGCAUUUCCGUCCUGGACUACCCGUACUGYGUGGUGCACGAGCUGCCGGAGCUGACGGCCGAGAGCCUGGAAGCUGGAGAUAACAACCAGUUCUGCUGGAGGAACCUGUUCUCCUGCAUAAACCUCCUGCGCAUCCUCAACAAGCUGACCAAGUGGAAGCACUCCCGCACCAUGAUGCUGGUCGUGUUCAAGUCGGCGCCCAUCCUGAAGCGGGCGCUGAAGGUGAAGCAGGCCAUGAUGCAGCUCUACGUGCUCAAGCUGCUCAAGGUGCAGACCAAGUACCUGGGCCGCCAGUGGAGGAAGAGCAACAUGAAGACCAUGUCGGCCAUCUACCAGAAAGUGCGGCACCGCCUCAACGAUGACUGGGCCUACGGCAACGACCUGGACGCCCGGCCCUGGGACUUCCAGGCGGAGGAGUGCGCCCUGCGCGCCAGCAUCGAGCGCUUCAACGCGCGCCGCUACGAGCGCGCGCACGGCAACCCCGACUUCCUGCCCGUGGACAACUGCCUGCAGAGCGUGCUGGGCCAGCGCGUGGAGCUGCCCGAGGAUUUCCAGGUCAACUACGACCUGUGGCUGGAGAGGGAGGUCUUCUCGCGGCCCAUCUCCUGGGAGGAGCUGCUGCAGUGACGGCCCGGCGGCGGGCG